ACUCCCAAGCCAGAGGGGAGGACACUUACUACAGCUGCUCAGAAGUACCACCAGAAGCUCAGAUGUGGGCACCUCAGCCAGCAGCAGAGAAGGGUGCAGGGAAACCACAGAGAAGCCCCUUCUGAUGCCCCAAGGAGCAAGCAAACCCCAUCCAGGCUCCAGGAACACCACAAAGCAAUAUGAAACCUGUUCAUGAGAGGAGUCAGGAAUGCCUUCCACCAAAGAAACGAGACCUCCCUGUGACCAGCGAGGAUAUGGGGAGAACUACCAGUUGCUCCACAAACCACACACCCUCCAGUGAUGCCUCUGAAUGGCCCCGAGGGGUCGUGGUGGCUGGGCAGAGCCAGACGGGAGCCAGAGUCAGCCUCGGGGGUGAUGGAACUGAGGCCAUCACUGGUCUGACAGUAGAUCAGUAUGGCAUGCUGUAUAAGGUGGCUGUGCCACCUGCCACCUUUUCACCAACUGGCCUCCCAUCUGUUGUGAACAUGAGCCCCUUACCCCCCACGUUUAAUGUAGCGUCUUCACUGAUUCAACAUCCAGGAAUCCACUAUCCCCCAGUCCACUAUGCUCAGCUCCCAUCCACCUCACUGCAGUUUAUUGGGUCUCCUUAUAGCCUUCCUUAUGCUGUGCCACCUAAUUUCCUACCUAGUCCCCUCCUUUCUCCUUCUGCCAACAUUGCCACCAGUCACCUUCCACACUUUGUGCCAUAUGCCUCACUCCUAGCAGAAGAAGCUACUCCUCCCCCCCAGGCAGCAUCCCCAGCCCAGCCAUUUAACAAAUCCUCCUCUGCCACCUCCCCACCCGGCCAGUUACCACAUCACUCAAAUACUCAACCACUGGAUCUUGCUCCAGGCCGGAUGCCCAUUUAUUAUCAGAUGUCUAGGCUACCUGCUGGAUAUACCCUGCAUGAAGCUCCAACAGCAGGUACCAGCCCUGUUCUUACCCCUCAGGAGGGCCAGUCUGCUCUGGAAGCAACUGCUGCCAAUGGACAGAGACAGCGAGAGCGAAAUGUAGUAAGACGAGAAAGUGAAGCCCUUGAUUCCACCAGCAGCAAGAGUGAAGGCCAAGGAAUGGUGCCAGUGGUAGAAUGCUUGGUGGAUGGACAGUUGUUUUCAGGUUCUCAGACUCCACGAGUCGAGGUGGCAGCGCCAGCACACCGAGGGACCCCAGACACCGACCUUGAGGUCCAGCGGGUAGUUGGCACUUUAGCUUCUCAGGACUAUCGUGUGGUGGCAGCUCAGAGGAAAGAUGAACCCAGCCCUCUUAACCUAUCCCAUCACACCCUUGACCAUCAGGGUGAGGGACGAGGGUCAGCCAGGAAUCCUACAGAACUGGUGGAGAAAAAUCAGGCCCGUGUGUUCUAUCCUCAGUCCCAUCAGGAACCAGUAAAACACAGACCUUUACCCAAAGCAGUGGUUGUAGCCAAUGGCAACCUGGUGCCCACUGGAACUGACCCUAGCCUACUGCCUGUGGGCUCAGAGAUCCUGGUGGCAUCAAGUCUGGACAUGCAGGCCAGAGCCACCUUCCCAGACAAGGAGCCAACACCACCUCCCGUUACCUCCUCCCACUUGCCCUCCCAUUUCAUGAAAGGCGCCAUCAUUCAGCUGGCUACAGGAGAGCUGAAGCGGGUAGAGGACCUCCAAACCCAGGAUUUUGUGCGCAGUGCCGAAGUGAGUGGGGGGCUGAAGAUUGACUCUAGCACAGUCGUGGACAUUCAGGAGAGCCAGUGGCCUGGAUUUGUUAUGCUGCAUUUUGUGGUUGGUGAACAGCAGAGCAAAGUGAGCAUUGAGGUGCCCCCUGAGCACCCCUUUUUUGUAUAUGGCCAGGGUUGGUCGUCCUGCAGCCCUGGGCGGACUGCACAACUCUUCUCUCUGCCCUGUCAUCGGCUACAGGUGGGAGAUGUCUGCAUCUCUAUCAGUUUACAGAGCUUGAACAGCAACUCAGUUUCUCAGGCCAGCUGUGCUCCCCCAGGCCAGCUGGGUACACCCCGAGAAAGGCCUGAGAGGACAGUAUUGGGGCCUAGAGACCUAUGUGACAGCGAGGGGAAGAUCCAAUCUUCAGGAGAGGGUUCCCGGGUGGGAGAGCCCUCCCAGCCUGAGCCUGGUGCUCAGGCCUGCUGGCCAGCCCCAAGCUUCCAAAGAUACAGCAUGCAAGGGGAGGAGGCACGGGCUGUGCUGCUCCGUCCUUCUUUCAUUCCACAGGAGGUAAAGCUGUCCAUUGAAGGGCGUUCCAAUGCAGGAAAAUGAACCUCUUUCCCAGCCCAGGACUGGGGCUUUAUCCCCAGAGGUGAGCCUCACCAUGAGCAGCCAGAGGAUUUGCACAUGCCAAGCAGAGAAAGGCUCUCUUGGCAGUGAGAUUUGAGGGAAAUAGGAGGCAUGAAGACAGCCUCCCAAAGCAGGAUCUGUUGCUCAUUAAUUACCCCAUGGCAUCCUUUCAGGACAGCCCUAGGGGGUGCUGAGAUGAGGAAGAGCAGGCUUGGAGCAAGAAAGGGUGGGAGUGCACAUAGGAUAAGAAACAUUCCAAAAUCAGGGCCUCCCUGUUUUUUUUUUUUUUCCUACUCAUUCCUGGCUCCUACAAAGGAAAGUACAGGCUUUGGGAGCAGGUGGCAGAGGGAGCAAAGAAAGAGCCAAAAAUGAUCCACAGCUUAUAGUAGCAGUAAAACUGUUUUUCUUUCUUUUUUCCUUCUCCCUCCCCCCUUUUGUGGUGGGAGGGCAGGAGGCUCAAUGGUUGAAAAUGAGAAGGUUCCCCACCCAGAACUCUUCUUGUAAGAGACGUGCACUUUAAAGGGUGAUUUUGUUACAGAUGUUUAUGGCUGGGUUUGGGGUGGGGGAGCACCAUGAUCUACAGAACUCUGCUUGAUUCUUUGCUUCUGCCCAUUCCCAUCUCACCUCACCAUUCCUCUGUAAGGCUUUCUAGCAGUUUAGGGGCCAGAAGAGAGAGGAGAAAUACCUUCAGGGCUGAGAAUGAAGGACUGCCUUGCCAGGAACCCAAUCGGAGGUUUUGGAGAAAAGACCUGAUUGCUAGAUGAUGGGCUCUAGGCAAGGCUUUUGAAAGGAGGCUAACCUAUUGAAACUCCCAUUCAACAUGUCAGGCCUGCUUUGACAUUUCACUGAGUCUCUAGUAGUAAUGUUGGAGAGACCUGGAGGACCUUUUCCCCUAGGCACCUACACUCUUCCAUUGUCUGUCUAUGUUGUGCCUAAGUGCCUGUGCUGCUCCCACCCUUCUGCUGCCCCGACCUCUGCAUGGUGUCUUGAUCUGGGCCUCACGUGUAGCUGCACUGCCUUUGUCCACAAAGACCUCCAGUUUUUGGUGUAUAAGGGUCUCUGGUUUCCCUAUCAGCUAUAAUUUUUAUAUUUAGAAACUCAAAAUCAUGUCCCCUUCCACUGGCAGCAACAUAAUGGAGAAACAAAAAAGAAACCAUGCCCUAGACUGGGUUUUCCCAUUCCAGUGGUUUUACUUGGUCCCUUCCCAUCUCAGUCCAUUGCCUCUCAGCAAUUGGCAUCUCCAAGCUGUGCCCUUCCACCAUCAGCUCUGAAAGUCUACGAUAGUCCUUGUAGCAUCUUAGCAGAUGUUUCCUUGUGUGGCGGUGGACUCUUCUACAAAGAGUAUUUUCUAUCUGGGUUAUAUUUGCUGCCAUAUUUCUUAAACCCACAUUUCACCCACAACUUGGAGUGUCAACUUGGAGUGUAGGAUUCCAUUGGAUAUUAAGAUUUAGAGCCUCCCCCCGCGCACCCCGACCCCCCGCCCCCGCCAACUUUCAGGUGGUUGAGUAUUUUGUGUGUGUGUGUGUGUGUGUGUGUUUAAUUUUUUUUAAGGGGGGAGUGUGUGGUUCUUUAGACUCUUGAAGGCAACUCAGGGUAUUGUCCACCCAGUUCUCUAGUUAAACUUCUCCCAGAGUAUGAUUGUGGCAUUUCCUUCAUAGAUGGACUUGGACUGGCUAAGGCUUGUCCAUCCUAUCAUCAGGAGUCCCACACUUCUGAGGUAUGAGCAAAACUUAAGGCAAGUCUUGUGAUCUCUCGCUCUUUCACUUCCUCCCCAGCUGCCAAAUGGGGAUAAAUAAUCUUACCUACCUCCUGGGGGGAGGGGAAGUUCUGAGAAUGGAGUCAUUCUUAGUGUUCAGGUGCUAAAGGUUGUUCUCCUUGGGAACAGAGUGACAGAAGCUGGCUGGCUUGCUACAAACCCUACAUUCUGUUUCAGACCUUGAGAGCAAAUACCUGGUCGGCAAGCUUUCAGGGGAGCAUCCUAAGAAAGCUGUUUGGCCCGACAAGUACUUAAGUCUCUGAGUUUGUCAGUCAGACACCAUCCUUGUAUGCAGUGGAGAUCACGUCCUUUCCCUUCUCUGCCCCCAUUCUCUGAUUGCUGCUUCUCUGGCUUAUUUCCUACAGUGGGGGCCUGUGGGGUUGAGUCUUGAGGAAUUCUCUCAAAUGAGAGCUGUAGGAGAAGGCCUCUCCUCUCUGACUGUUUGAUGAACAACUCAUUCCUAGGGAUUAUUGUAUGCAUGUAUUUCUCAAAAGCCCCCUUCCUCCCAUGAAGGUUCACCAUGGGAAUUUUGUGACAUGCACUGUAGAUGCUCAAGAAAUGUCUACCAGGGAUACCACUGAGCUUCCUAAGUGGGGUCAGCAUGCAUCUGACUGUAGUUGAAGUUAAAUCACUCUCUACUAAGACUAAUUGUAGCUUUCUAGCCUGGUAAUGCUCGCUGAAUCCUGAAAAAAGAAAUUGUUGAGGACUUUGACAAACUGGGCACUGACCUAUCUGCUGUGGUUCCUUUUCUAUCCCUAUCUGAUAAAAUAAUGAUAGCAACUCCCUUAAUAUGGUGCCAUGCAUUUGUAAUGUGCUUUUGCUGAGCUGAGAGCUACCUUCCCUGAAAUGUGCACCCCUAGAAAAGAAUGCUUGUCAGAGCUGUGGCAGUGCUUACCCUUACCCUAAGUGUGUAAGAGAGGUGUCUUACAGUGAGCAUUUCAGUGGUUAGCUGUCAGCUUUUGGGGACUGGGCAGUGAUAGGACAUUCCAGGAACUUGGAGAAAGUUCUAAAACUGAACAGAAGUGCAUAUGCCAAUUUAGAAGGGAACUUGGUAAAGGGUAAUUAGUAAUCUGAAGAUUUAGAUCAUCCCUCUCAAGACAGGAAGUGGGGAAGGGGCUUGGGCCCUCAGAGCUGAGUGCUUGUCCCUGAGGGAGGAGCCAGAGAAGGAUAGAUUGACCCCUCUUUACACUUAGGGUCCCAUUUGAUUCUAACACCAUGGGCUGGGUCUGUGCUGCUUUAGCCACUCCUGUUGUCUGCUCCCUGUCCUGCCUAUUGCCCAUUAUCGCUCCUGUCCAUUCUUAACCUGUGCUCUGCCAGUGUUACUGUGUAGCACAGUAGUGUUGAAUAGGGAUGGUCUGCAUGCUGUGUUUGGGCUGGUAGAUCUAAAAAGAUGUGGCUUCAGUGCUGUCAGGAGCCCAUUGGCUCCAAAAGUUUGCCUGUCUCGAGGGAGAAACAAGCAGGUCCUACCAGAGACUGUUUUUUCUCUUCUUUAUAUGGUACUUUAUAGCCUAUUUCAAAACAAGAGGAACCACAUUAGGGCUUGAGCCAGGAUCCUAGUGUCAUUCAUCUAGCCCCAUAUUCUGGGGUUGAGAAAGAGUUUGAAGUUUAGCUAAAAUAACUCCUCCAGUUGGGUUUAAUUUUCUUUUUUCCUUUACCAGUGGGUAUCAUAGGCAUUUUAAGUGAACAGGAUGGUGGCAUGAUUUAAACCUGCAUUGAGUAGGCAUAUUGAGUGGUCACACUGGCAUGAGCUGAAGGUAAACAUUGGGAAAGGCUCAGUCAGGCCUUUUUGUAAAGAUAACCAGAUUAAUUGAAUUAAUUGAAUUGGCCAUGGGAGAUUAGGUCACAGUCCUAGAAGCAAACAGGACAAAGGCCAAGUUUAAGAGAGGUGUGUUGACCUCCUAGGAUUAAGUUUACUAAACUACACUGAAGCUAUAGUACUUUCUAGAUCAGAAAAGUUAUACACUACAGUUGAAGAGCUGAAUUCUACUAUAGAUGGAUGUUGUUAGCCUUUGCUUGGAAGCCUUCACCUUCUAGCUUCCCCAAGGUUGGAAAGGUCUCCCACAUUAUGCAAUAAUAAAAUAGGCAUCUGGGUCUUUGCAGCUGUUAGUUGUUUUUUUUUU